AACGAUAGGGUGCCAAUGGUUGAAUUAAUGACGAAGAUGGUUGUGGUGGUGGUGAUUCAUUUAAAAUCAAUGAUGCUGUACUCGUUAUCAUUGUAUCAGUAUUAUUACUAUUACUCAUGAUCGUAUUAAAGAAAGGCGACAAAGUAAAGAGAAUAAUAUUGAUGAUACACAUUCAUCUAUAGAAUCAUCUGUGUCACAAUUACAAAGUGAAUAUACAAUUAAACCUGAAGAAUUGCAAGAUCCA